AAACCAACUAACUAUACUACUUUCUCCCUCGCUUGUCUAUUUGGGUCCCUGAGCGAUACUCGGCAGUGUGUCGCUUGUCUCCCCCGCGGACAUACCGGUGUCCUGGGACCCUAUCCAGACCUCCAAAGACCCUAAAGCACCGCCAUGUGUCCGCGUGUGUUUGGCGAGUGAAGAAGUGUGGGGGGGCUCAUCACUUGCAGGGCCCCCUUACCCAUCAGCUCACACAACCUUGCGUCUCACUGGGCUCUCAUUUUUGUGUGAGCUGAGGACAGUCCUAGUUAAAAUGGACCCUUUACAAAAGGGGACUGAGUAUGAAGAAUGUGCUGAGGAAGAAGAAGAGGUGGACCCUAGAAUACAGGGAGAGCUGGAGAAGUUAAACCAGUCCACAGAUGACAUCAAUCGCUGGGAGAGUGAACUGGAGGAAUUCCGCCAGCGGUUUCGCGCCGUGCUCGUGGAAGCCACCAUGAAGUUGGACGAACAGGUGAAGAAAAUCGGUCGGGCCGUGGAUGACUCCAAGCCUUACUGGGAGGCCCGCAAAGUGGCCAGACAGGCUCAGGUUGAAGCCCAGAAGGCCACCCAGGAGUUCCAGCGGGCAGUGGAGAUCCUGCGGGCUGCCAAGGAGACCAUCGCCCUGGCUGAGGAGAGGCUGCUCGAGGAAGACAGUCGCCAAUUCGACUCGGCCUGGCAGGAAAUGCUUAACCAUGCCACACAGAGGGUCAUGGAGGCCGAGCAGACUCGAAUGCGCAGCGAGGCCGAGCACAAGAAGACGUCGGCCAACUACACAUCGUGUAUCAGCCACAUGAAGCAACUGGAGAAGAAGCUUAAACGCUCCAUCAACAAAUCCAAGCCAUAUUUUGAGCUGAAAGCAAAGUACUACAUCCAGCUUGAGCAAUUGAAGCGGCACGUGGACGAACGCCAAGCGAAGCUGGUGGGGGCGAAGGCCGAGUACCGUGCGGCAUUGCGUCGCCUGGAGAGCAUCUCGGAGGAGAUCCACGCACAGCGCCGCUCCAUCGGGACCCGAGGGCGUGGUGUCGGGGCAGAACUUGACGGAGAGGAAGAUGUCGCGAGCUUUUCAAUGGAUUGCGACGGCCUGUCAAUGGUGUCAGUGUCUAUCGACGACGACUCUGAGGAAGACACUCAAUCCGCUCCUUCCACUCCAUCCACAUCUGCCACCGUCGACACGCCCUCACUGUCAUCUCCGACCUCCUCGCUCCAUGCACCUCCCUCCCCGUCCAGCUCUUCGUCUUCCUCCUGUACCGGUGACCUUGAGGUAGUCAGCCCAUGCAGUUCUCACGGCUCGAACUCUGCGUGCGGUUCCGGGCACGGCUCUCCUCUGCUAGGCCCUCGGAGCCAGUGCAGUGGAGCUUCCUCGCCAGACUGUGAGCAGGAGAGAGGCAACCGAGCAGAAGGCGCUGAGACCACAUUGGAAAGCAGCUUGAAUGGCCUUAACUUGAGCAUUGCACGGGCGCAACAAGAAAACAAUGAUGUUGAAGAAGAAAAAGAGACAGAAUGCAUGAGCAAAGGACUGUCUUCAGCGUCUGAAAUUCUCCUUCUCAAUAAUGUCUAAGCACCACUGCAACUCCAUGAAAGGUUCCAUAAACAUCAGUGUAGCAACGGUAUGUACUAAAGUCAACAAAUUAGCGCAAGGAUGUAUAUUAUGGUGGAAAUCAAAUAGCUGCACCUCCCAUGACUCUUCUUCUUAUGUGCCAUUCAAUGUAUUUUCAUUGUACUUCAGUAUAAUGAUGUUAAAGACUGCAAAAUAUGAUGUAAAUAUCCAUACACCAUCCAUAAAAAUCCAUACACUCAACUCCCAUCCGAAAAAGGCGAGAGUGUAUUUUCAUUUUGUGUGUAUUUUUUUAAUGCUCAAAUUGCACCUUAUAGUGCAGACUGUCCUAUAUUUAUAUUCUGUAUUCUUGUAUUUGGACAUAAUUUGAUGUCGUUCAUGUUUAACAAACAAACAAAGCAAUAAAUAUUUGCUUCACGUGAUUCGAAGAUUGUCUUUUUUAUACUUAUUUCCAGAGGUGGGUAGUAACGCUUUACAUUUACAUUUUAAUUUAUAAAUCAUAAAGUGCCAGAACGUAAAGUACGUAUAACAGCGCAGGGAUGACGAGACGGAAACAGGUCCAGGAACAUACGCAGAAAAAGGUGCUAAAAACAACACGCAAAUGUCCACUUGCCAUGCUGUGGGACUUACAAGCCUCAAUUUCAGGUAAUAUCCAUUGUAUACAUGUUAUGACAACAAUUUACAAGUAUUUAGGCUACACUCUGCACAGCACGGGCAAUUGCCCACAUAACCACAGGUGGGACUUUCAGUAACAUAAAAAAAAAAAAAAAAAACACAAAAAAACCCCGAGAUAACAAUAAAUAGCACAAACCCAUUCUUUUGUGAGUUUCAUCCUACCCCCCCCACCCCCGUAUUCUCUGGCCCCAAAGUUCCCACCUCCUUACAAAUUGUGCAGCCCAAACUCGAAUUUCCAAUAAGGGUAAUGGGUUGUUGUUCCGGCUGUUGGUGGUCCACCUGGCUGACUGCUGGCGCUGGCCCUCACUCCGGGUGCCGCUGAACCUGACCAGCUGCUGCCACGGUAGCAGCCUCCUGCCCCGGCUUGGCUGGCUGUCCGUGAACCUGGCUAGCUUCUGCGGCGUUAGCCUCUUGCUGCACUCAGUCCUGCCUGUUAGCAUGAUCGUUGCAGCUGCCCUCAUCGCCAGUUGUUGCUUUUCAGACUCGUUUUGAACCAUCUUCCUUAUUUAAAAAAAAACACAGUAAAUGCAACUGUUUUUUGCAUGUUGAAACACUGUUUGAUCCUGGCUGGUUGCUCACCAGAUG